UGGGUUAUAUAUUCGGAGGGGACCAUAAACUGCACAAUUGGCGGGCGGUUUUUUGUGAGGCUGUUGCAAAAGAAUGGGGCUGUUAUACCCGUAAAUUGAAACAACGUACUUGAACACAUCUAUUUAGAGAAAUUUUAAUUUGACAGUUUGUCUUCGUACAAUUAAAAGGAAAUUAUUCGAAGGUCGAAAUUACCCAAAAUUAUAAAAGAAUCUGAAUGAAUUAGCAAUUGUUCCAGAAUAUAGAAAUAAAACUACUUAGCAAUAUAAUUUCUCUGCUUCAUACGUACUUUUGAGUGAGUACCCGGAUACGUAUAAAGAUCAGCAUGGCAAACAUGGCAGUUUCUCGCAUCAAGCGGGAGUUUAAGGAAGUUAUGCGAAGUGAAGAAAUUGUGCAAUGCUCUAUUAAAAUUGAAUUGAUCAACGAUAGCUGGACAGAGUUGCGCGGGGAAAUCGCUGGUCCACCAGAUACUCCAUAUGAGGGAGGAAAAUUUGUUUUAGAGAUUAAAGUCCCGGAAACAUAUCCAUUCAAUCCGCCUAAAGUACGUUUUAUAACAAAAAUCUGGCAUCCAAAUAUAUCCUCAGUAACUGGUGCAAUUUGCCUGGAUAUUUUGAAAGACAAUUGGGCCGCUGCAAUGACUUUACGUACCGUUUUACUGUCGCUUCAAGCUUUACUAGCUGCUGCAGAGCCGGAUGAUCCACAGGACGCAGUGGUCGCUUAUCAAUAUAAAGACAAAUAUCAGCUGUUUCUAAUGACAGCUAAGCAUUGGACAAAUGUCUACGCUGGAGGUCCACACAAUUUUACUGAGUGUGAUACAAAAAUUCAACGCUUGAAAGAUAUGGGAAUUGAUGAACAUGACGCGCGGGCUGUUUUGUCAAAAGAAAAUUGGGAUUUGGAAAAAGCGACCGAGAGCUUAUUUAGUUAGCUUCUUUUUUAACUAAGAAUUUUCUGAGAAAUAAGAAAUUGUCAAAAAUAUUGUUUAGCGAAGUUUGAUAUUUAUUUAAAAAAUAAUUACCCAUAUGAUUGAAAAA